CUAUGGGCGCAGCGCAGCUCGGAGGUCGACGAAAAGAAGAACGUCCUCUACCUCACGAUAAACCUCCCCGACAUCCAGCCGGACACCCUGACAUACGACCUCACUCCAACAUCAAUAUCAUUCAAGGCCAAGGCGGGAAAUGCGGCGAAGGGCAUUGAGGAGAAAGACUACGAGUUCAAGCUCGACCUCUUCUCAGAGAUUGUCCCCGAAGAGUCCGUGAAGACCCUCACGAGCCGCCACAUCGCGGCCGUCCUCCGCAAGAAGGAGAAAAAGGCAGAGUUCUGGCCGCGCCUCAUGAAGGAGAAAAUCAAGACGCAGUUCAUCAAGACUGACUUCAGCAAGUGGGUCGACGAGGACGAGCAGGACGGCGAGGCGCCUGCGGUGGAAGAGGAGCCCGACAUGGGUGGCAUGGGCGGUAUGCCAGGGAUGCCAGGUAUGGGCGGUAUGGGCGGUAUGGGGCAUGGUGGUAUGCCAGGAAUGGGUGGCAUGGGUGGUAUGGGUGGCAUGCCAGGAAUGGGUGGUAUGGGCGGUAUGGGCGGCAUGGGCGGUAUCGACUUCGAGCAGGUACGUCUUUCGCCGGCUUGUUCGUGUGCUCAUCUGCUGACUAGUCCGUCUCACUAGAUGAUGAAGAGCAUGGGUGGCGGCGGCGCAGGGGACUUGGGCGACCUCGGCGAGGGCUCCUCUGGCGCAGGCGCAGAGGACGACGACUCUGACGACGACGGCCCGCCGCCAUUGGAGGAGCUGAGCCUGCCAAGUCAUGAUCUGGACAUGGACCAUGUAGUAGACAGUAACGUCAGAACGCAGUGCACGAACCUAUCUUGCAGCCAGCAGCGAUGUACGUUAGGUGAACCAAUGUUGAUUUAGUCGUGCUUGACUGUCGGCCGUCCUGAAUUCAACGAUAGGAUGACGACGUAUAGAUAAGACCGC